UACCUCCAGGGAGUGUGGGGUUUCCCCCUCCUCCCUGCAAGGGAAAAUGGGCGUGGCUUAUCCCCUUGGAACCAGGCCCACCCUCCUAACCUGUGCAGCGGUAACAACAAUGACCCCGGUGGUGUCGCAAGCAGGUUCCAGUCCGUGGGCCUCUCUUUCCCGCUUCCAGGAGCCCGCCCUCCCUCAAGAACCGCCCCCUAGCCCUGGGCCUUGGCUAGUUAAAGACACCAGAGCCAGCCCACAUUGUCACAAUCCUCAGUCCCCCACAGAGCAUCCAGGAUGAAGGCUGAGAAGGGGCCUCUACUGUCUACAUUGCUGGGGCUGCUGCUCCUAUCUAUACCAGGGACUCGGGGUGCCAACCCCGCCCUGGUGGCCAGGAUCACCGACAAGGGCCUGGAAUACGCGGCCAAGGAGGGGCUGCUGGCUCUACAGAGAGAGCUGUACAAGAUCACACUGCCUGACUUCAGCGGAGACUUCAAGAUCAAGGCCGUGGGCCGUGGGCACUACGAGUUUCAUAGCCUGGAGAUCCAGAACUGUGAGCUGCGUGGCUCCUCCCUGAAGCCGCUCCCAGGCCAAGGCCUGAGUCUCGCCAUCUCUGACUCUUCCAUUGGCGUCCGAGGCAAAUGGAAGGUGCGCAAAUCCUUCCUGAAACUUCACGGCUCCUUUGACCUGGAUGUCAAAGGUGUCACCAUUUCGGUGGACCUCCUCUUGGGCAUGAAUCCCUCAGGGAGGCCCACAGUCGCCGCCUCUGGGUGCAGCAGCCGCAUUUCUAAUUUGGAGGUGCACAUAUCGGGAAAUGUGGGGUGGCUGCUGAAUCUCUUCCACAACCAGAUCGAGUCCAAGCUCCAGAAAGUAAUGGAGAGUAAGGUUUGUGAGAUGAUCCAGAAGUCUGUGACCUCUGACCUGCAGCCUUAUCUCCAAACUCUGCCAGUCACUGCGGAGAUCGACAGUGUCCUGGGCAUUGACUACAGUUUGGUGGCGGCUCCUCAAGCGAAGGCCCAGGUGCUGGAUGUGAUGUUUAAGGGUGAAAUUUUUAAUCGGAAUCACCACUCCCCGGUUGCUACACCCUCUCCGGCCAUGAGUCUACCUGAGGACAGUAAACAAAUGGUCUACUUUGCCAUCUCAGAUCAUGCCUUCAACAUAGCCAGCCGGGUUUAUCACCAGGCUGGGUACCUGAACUUUUCCAUUACAGAUGACAUGUUACCGCCUGACUCCAACAUCCGGCUGAACACCAAGGCCUUCCGUCCCUUCGCUCCCCAGAUAAGCAGAAAGUACCCCGACAUGAACUUGGAGCUCCUUGGAACAGUGGUCUCUGCCCCGGUUCUGAAUGUCAGCCCUGGGAAUCUGUCCUUAGCCCCACAGAUGGAGAUUGAAGGCUUUGUGAUCCUGCCCAGCUCUGCCCGGGAACCUGUCUUCCGCCUUGGCGUGGUCACUAAUGUAUUUGCCUCACUAACUUUCAACAACAGCAAGGUCACCGGGAUGCUGCAUCCAGACAAGGCACAAGUGAGACUGAUCGAAUCCAAAGUCGGCAUGUUCAAUGUGAACCUGUUCCAGGCAUUCCUCAACUACUACCUUCUCAGCAGCCUCUACCCUGAAGUCAACGAUGAGCUGGCCAGGGGCUUCCCCCUUCCUCUGCCAAGGCGUAUUCAGCUCCACGACCUCGACUUCCAGAUCCUCAAGGACUUCUUAUACUUGGGUGCCAAUGUCCAGUACAUGAGAGUCUGAGGACAAGAAGAAAGAUGGGCCUCAGAGGCCACAGCUGGACCUGCCAUUUGUAAUUCCAGAUGUGCAGCACAUCUCUGGAGAGUCUCGAAAUACAAAGAUGUUUCUGUUCCUGGCUCUGGUGGACCCUGCCCCCACAGUCCUCUUCACCAGGUGCACCCUUGACCUCGACUUGACUCUGUCCUCCAGGAAGGGCCCCUCCCCUCACUGACCUCUCCAGGAAGGGCCCUCUCACACCACUGCUUGGGAGACCUGGAAUCACUUUAAGACCAGGCACUGUGGUUUUAAAUUCACCAUCCAGCCUUCAUGUCUGACAGAGUGCUGGCACUUAGUAGGUCCUCAAUAAAUAUUUAUAGAAUGCCAUGACA